CUGAAAACAGUUCGAGUGCGAGUGCCGUACGGUUCGGACGUGUGGGCCACGCACAAUUCAAUUCGCAGAUCGCAGAGUUAAGCAAAUAAGAAUAUUGGAGAAAAUAAGAGAAACAGCCAUCAGAACAAGUGAAAGAGAAAUUAAACGAAUGCGCUGAAAAGGAAAAAAGUGAAAAAUACACCCAGUUUAAAUGUGCGCUUAGUGAAACAGUGGCCAGAAAAAAUGUCAAUUGACCAAGAGUGAAAAAUCCACACGAAAACCACGCGAACUACACCCCUUUAAGGUAUCUGCAAGAUACAGAUACCCUAGGCCCCCCAAGCACAACACCCAAAACCAUGGCGGCAAUCCUGCUGCUCCUGCUCGGGUUCUCCUGGAGUCUCGCGGUCGAGUCCGCACUGGCGCCCAAGGAGAGCGAAUCGAGUGCCAGCGCCAUGUUAGGCGCCGGAACAGGAGCCGCUGCCACGGUAUCGCUAUCAGGCGACUACUCCUCGCUGCUGUCCAAUGUGCCGGCCGCCUCGCCGGUUCCGGCCAAUCCAUCGCAACACAGCGGGCCGGCCAACCAGUGCUCCUGGUCCUACAACGGCACCAGUUCGGUGCACUGCGCCCUGCGUCUCAUUGAGCGACAGCCGGGUCUGGAUCUCCAGGGCGCCGAUGGCAGCAGCCAGUUGACUAUUCAGUGCAGCGAGCUCUACCUCUUCGAAUCAACACUGCCCGUGGCAGUAUUCGCCAGGUUGCAGACCCUGGAGGCGCUGCGUCUGGACUCGUGCAAGCUGCUCCAGUUGCCCAACAAUGCCUUCGAGGGAUUGGCCACUCUGAAAUCCCUGCGCUUGAGCACCCACAACAGUGAAUGGGGUCCAACGAGGACCCUGGAGCUCUUCCCCGACUCUCUCGGUGGUCUGAAACAGCUCACCGAUCUGGAUCUGGGAGACAACAAUCUGCGACAGCUGCCCUCCGGCUUCCUCUGUCCGGUGGGCAACCUCCAGGUGCUCAAUCUCACCCGCAACCGCAUUCGCACUGCCGAGCAGCUGGGAUUCGCGGACAUGAACUGCGGCGCGGGCUCCGGAAGUGCUGGCAGUGAGCUUCAAGUCCUGGACGCCAGUCACAAUGAAUUGAGAUCCAUAAGCGAAAGCUGGGGAAUUUCUCGGCUCCGGAGAUUGCAGCACCUGAAUCUAGCAUACAAUAAUCUAUCGGAACUCUCUGGGGAGGCGCUAGCCGGACUAGCUUCUCUGAGGAUAGUCAACCUGAGUAAUAACCACCUGGAGACCCUUCCGGAAGGACUAUUUGCUGGUUCCAAGGAACUAAGGGAGAUCCACCUGCAGCAGAACGAGCUCUACGAGCUUCCCAAAGGACUGUUCCAUCGCCUGGAGCAACUUUUGGUUGUGGAUUUGUCCGGUAACCAGUUGACCUCCAACCACGUGGAUAACACCACCUUUGCCGGCCUUAUUCGACUUAUUGUGCUGAAUCUGGCACAUAAUGCUUUGACUCGCAUUGAUUACCGCACUUUCAAGGAGCUUUACUUCCUUCAGAUCCUAAAUUUGCGGAAUAACUCCAUCGGUCACAUCGAGGAUAAUGCCUUCCUUCCGUUGUACAAUCUGCACACCCUCAACCUUGCCGAGAAUCGCCUGCACACCUUGGAUGAUAAACUAUUCAAUGGAUUGUAUGUGCUGUCCAAGUUGACGCUCAACAAUAAUCUCAUUAGCGUGGUGGAGCCUGCUGUGUUCAAGAACUGCUCGGAUUUGAAGGAGUUGGACCUGAGCUCUAACCAGCUAAAUGAGGUUCCUCGUGCCCUGCAGGACUUGGCCAUGUUGCGCACUCUUGACCUGGGCGAGAAUCAAAUUCGUACCUUCGACAACCAGAGCUUCAAAAAUCUUCACCAGCUGACGGGUCUGCGGUUGAUAGACAACCAGAUUGGCAAUAUCACCGUGGGCAUGUUCCAGGAUUUGCCUAGGCUGAGUGUUUUGAACUUGGCCAAGAACCGCAUACAGAGCAUCGAGCGGGGAUCAUUCGACAAGAACUUCGAGUUGGAGGCUAUUCGCCUGGACAGGAACUUCCUCGCGGACAUAAAUGGAGUUUUCGCUACUCUGGUUUCGCUGCUGUGGCUAAACCUUUCCGAGAACCACUUGGUGUGGUUCGAUUACGCAUUUAUCCCAUCGAACCUGAAAUGGCUGGAUAUCCAUGGAAACUAUAUUGAGGCCCUGGGUAACUACUACAAGCUUCAGGAGGAGAUUCGAGUAAAAACUCUGGAUGCCUCGCACAAUCGCAUCACAGAAAUUGGACCUAUGUCGAUUCCAAACACAAUAGAGCUGCUGUUCAUCAACAACAAUCUCAUUGGAAAUGUGCAGCCCAAUGCCUUUGUGGAUAAGGCAAAUCUGGCACGAGUCGAUCUGUAUGCCAAUCAGCUGAGUAAACUACAGUUGCAACAGCUGCGAGUGGCUCCAGUGGUGGCUCCCAAGCCGUUGCCAGAGUUUUACCUUGGUGGUAAUCCCUUCGAGUGCGACUGCACCAUGGACUGGCUGCAGAGGAUUAACAACUUGACCACCCGUCAGCAUCCUAGGGUGAUGGAUAUGGCCAACAUCGAAUGCGUGAUGCCUCACGCCCGUGGUGCUGCAGUGCGUCCUUUGAGUGGUCUGCGUCCGCAGGACUUCCUCUGCCGCUACGAGUCGCAUUGUUUCGCCUUAUGUCACUGCUGUGACUUUGAUGCCUGUGACUGCGAGAUGACGUGUCCGAGUAAUUGCACCUGCUACCACGACCAAAUCUGGUCCACCAAUGUUGUCGACUGUGGCGGCCAACAGACCACGGAGCUGCCACGGCGCGUUCCCAUGGAUUCCAGUGUGGUCUACCUGGAUGGAAACAACUUCCCUGUGCUGAAGAAUCAUGCAUUUAUCGGGCGCAAGAACCUGCGAGCUCUCUAUGUGAAUGGCAGCCAAGUGGCGGCCAUACAAAAUCGCACCUUUGCCAGCCUGGCCUCGUUGCAGUUGCUCCAUCUGGCCGAUAAUAAACUGCGCACCCUUCAUGGCUACGAGUUUGAGCAGCUUUCAGCUCUGAGGGAACUGUAUCUGCAAAAUAAUCAACUGACGACCAUUGAAAACGCCACUCUGGCACCUUUGGCCGCCUUGGAGCUAAUCCGUAUUGAUGGCAACCGUCUGGUUACUCUUCCCAUUUGGCAGAUGCAUGCAACCCAUUUCGGCACAAGAUUAAAAUCCAUCAGCUUGGGCAGAAACCAAUGGAGCUGCAGAUGUCAGUUCCUGCAGGCCCUCACCUCGUAUGUGGCGGAUAAUGCUCUGAUUGUCCAGGAUGCCCAGGAUAUCUACUGCAUGGCCGCAAGUUCGGGAACUGGCAGUGCUGCCCUGGAAGAUAGCAGCUCGAAUUCGGGAUCCCUUGAGAAGAGAGAGCUGGACUUUAACGCCACAGGUGCUGCCUGCACUGAUUACUACUCCGGUGGCUCCAUGCUGCAGCAUGGCAUCCCAGAAUCGUAUAUUCCCUUGCUGGCUGCUGCACUGGCUCUUCUCUUCCUGCUCGUGGUCAUCGCCAUGGUCUUUGCCUUCCGCGAAUCCCUAAGGAUCUGGCUGUUUGCUCAUUACGGCGUUCGAGUAUUCGGACCACGUUGCGAGGAGUCAGAGAAGCUCUACGAUGCCGUGCUCCUGCAUUCCGCCAAAGAUUCCGAGUUCGUGUGCCAGCACUUGGCCGCCCAGCUGGAAACCGGAAGACCUCCACUGAGGGUCUGUCUGCAGCACAGGGACCUGGCCCACGAUGCCACUCACUAUCAGCUAUUAGAGGCUACAAGGGUCUCCCGCCGAGUGGUCAUCCUGCUCACCCGGAACUUCCUUCAAACGGAGUGGGCCCGCUGUGAGCUACGACGGUCCGUUCAUGAUGCCCUGCGUGGAAGACCUCAGAAACUGGUGAUCAUCGAAGAGCCCGAGGUCGCCUUCGAGGCGGAGAGCGAUAUUGAGCUCCUGCCCUAUUUGAAAACAUCAGCGGUUCAUCGAAUCCGCCGCUCGGAUCGCCACUUCUGGGAGAAGUUGCGCUACGCACUGCCCGUGGACUAUCCCACAUUCCGGGGCAACAACUACACGCUGGAGCUGGACCAUCACAACCACGAGCGGGUGAAACAGCCGGCAAGUCCUGGGCUGCUCUACUGCCAGGCUCCGCCACCCGCAUACUGUGGCCCAGCGGAUGCAGUUGGAAUUGGUGCUGUUCCACAAGUUGUACCAGUAAAUGCCUCUGUUCCCGCGGAACAGAACUACUCAACGGCCACCACGGCCACGCCCAGCCCCAGGCCACAGAGAAGAGGAGAGCAGCCGGGAUCUGGAUCAGGUGGAAACCAUCACCUGCACGCCCAGUACUACCAGCAUCACGGGAUGCGUCCUCCAUCGGAGCACAUCUACUCCAGCAUCGACUCGGACUACUCGACUCUGGAUAACGAGCAGCACAUGCUGAUGAUGCCGGGUGCACCGGGUGGGCUUGCCAUGGAAGCGGCCCAGAGGGCUCAGACCUGGCGACCCAAGCGGGAGCAGCUGCAUCUUCAGCAGGCCCAGGCCGGAACCCUGGGCUCCAAGGCGAGCCAGGCCGCCCAUCAGCAGCAGCAACAACAGCAGCAGCAGCAACAACCAAAUCCGACAGCCGUGUCCGGACAACAGCAGGGACCCCAUGUUCAGGCGUAUCUGGUGUAAAGAGGCGUGGGGCAAAACCGACCGCUUUCUGGGAGAGUGACAGUGAUUUCUUUAGGGACUGGUUCCUGUGCAUAAUUUUAAUUACUAAAAUAUAUGUGCGAGUUAAGCUAAGGAGGGGGGACAACAAAAUAGAAAUGCGGAAGUUGAAACUAGCCAGCCAGAUUUUAACGUAUAUUAUUUUGUUUAUCCAGUGUAAAGUCAUUUUAGAUGCACUAAACAAACACA